UUGUUCUGUGCGGAUUUUGUGCAGUUCUAAAGGAAGUUGACACGAUUCCGGACGUUAUGGUGAGCUCGUGUGUCGCCUUCGGCUGCACUAAUCGUGCGAAGCAGAAGCCAGGAAUCACUUUUCACGUGUUUCCGAAAGACAAGACGCUGCGUGACGCAUGGCAGCGUGCUGUUCGGAGGGAUGGCUGGGAGCCUAAGAAUGCGGACGUUCUCUGCUCGGAGCACUUUGAAGCCAACUGCUUUGACAGGACGGGCCAAACGACCAGACUGCGACCAGGGAGCAUUCCUACCAUUUUUCCUGCGUUCCCUGCGCAUCUCCAGAAACCAGCGAAAAGAAAGCGAGAGGCCCCUAAGUGUCGGACUGCGCUGUCACCUGUCGUCAGUGCUGAGGCAGCGGUUGAAAUGCCAUCUGAGCCUUCUUCGCCGGCGAAGGAUUGGUACCGUUCCAAGGCAGAGGAGUCUGCACAAGAGGUUCUCCAACUAAAGAAGAAAGUUAAGACACUGCAGCAAUCCAAAAGAAGGCUGAGCAAACGGUGUGAUGCGUCAGAAAAUUUGAUCAAGGAGCUAAAAGAGAGGAAACUUUUGUCAGAAAAAGGCCUUGAGGUCUUUGAAGCAACUUUCUCGCCUGAAAUUCAACAGCUUCUUGUCCGAGCCCAUGAAAAAACAAACAAGAUGUACCCCCCAGAGCUACGUGCAUUCGCGCUCACUCUGCACUACUACUCUGCGGCAGCGUAUGAGUAUGUGCGGUCGAAAUUUAACAACGCUUUGCCUUCGCAACCCAAAAGCCAGGACAAGCCCCUGAUCGCAGCACUCAUGAUGGAUGACAUGGCCAUCAAAAAGUAUGUUCAGCUUGUUGGGAAGAAAGUGGUAGGCUACAUCAAUCUUGGAACAGGCUAUGUGUUCGUGAAGGGUGGGCCGAAGCUGUCGUUGUUUGGCGUCCCGAAGGAUGAGAACAGGCGUAAACAAUGGGAGAAGAACCUGCGCAGAGCGGACAAGCCCCUGGAAGACACCAGCGCAGUGUGCGAGCUCCACUUCGAGCCGCGUUAUGUGCUCAGAGACUAUGUGCAUAUUAUUGAGGGAAAAGAAGUGCGGAUACCUCGCGGGAGACCCAUUCUCCGCGCUGAUGCUGUGCCGACGCUUCUACCCAAUCUGCCAGCUUACCUUAGUAAAAAGCCGACACAAGAGAGGACCGCUCGUAAGAGGAAACGAUCGGAAUCUUCAGACGGGCAAUUGAAGCCCGCAUUCUGUCCUUCCGACAAUGCGGUGUCUGGGCCGUUUGCACACACCGACGACGUUGUUGAUGCAGGCUGUGAAGAAUGUCCACAAGCGUCUACAUCUCCACCAUCUGCCAAUGUGAAUCAGUUUUACUUCAACCUAGAAGUGCCUUCACCAUACUGGAGUAAGCACAGUUUCCCUGGCCAUGCCGGUGUUGUAUACUGCACGGCCGCGUUGACCACUAAUGCCGAAGUGCUCUCCGAGCAGGUGGUAAUGUUUUCAGAGUCGCAAUGUGCCGCAUACUGCAAAGUGCUUGCUAGAGGCGUUUUGAUAAAGGAAGGGCCGGUGCAUACAAAAACGGAGGCCGAGGACGAGUUGCGAAAGACUGACCGGAUGCAGCUAUGUGCGGGUGCAAUGAGGCUCGAGGACUAUGAUGAAGCUCUCUUCACAACUAAGCUUAGGGACCACGUGUUGACGCGCCAAGGACUGUACUUCAGCAGGAAGUGCCUAGGCCAGGUGCCUAAAGAAGGAACGCCAUGCGUCUCCUGUCGGUACCUAAGGCGAGCUUUGUUGACACGCCGAAGCCGAGUGCAGCGUAGGAACACAAAGGCACGCCUCAACAUUGCCCAGAAACUUAAAACAGCAGUAAGAAGAAAUAAGCGCCUUUCCACCCGUCUCUCUGAUACAAGGGAGAGCCUUGCGAAACUGCAACAGCAAGCUGCAGCAAAAAAUGCAGAUGUUCUCCAGGAACAGAUUGGGAGCCUACCUACCCAUCAGCAAGAAGCUGUUAAACACUGCUUUGCAGCAGCUAAAGUGAAACCUAAUGGUCUUCGAUACAGCAAGAGCUGGCUUCUCGACUGCAUCAUAAUGAAGAUGAAGGGUCCCCGCUUGUACGAACACUUGCGUAAAAACAAAAUUCUUGCCCUGCCAAGCAAAUAA